GAACGCUUCUCUACCUGCACAGUCACUUUUUGAGCUUUUUCUCACGAGUGCUGCGGGGGCGUGGAAGGGACGCGUUACCUUGCUGUGGGGCGCAGAAAUCCCCCACAGCACAAGGUAACUUGUGACUCGUCGGGUUUAUUCAGUGCUCCACGUCUCCGCGGCGUGGGCAGCCACUUCAAAACUAUCGCUUGUGUCAGGCCAUUUCUUGUAAAUGCGCACAGUUAGGAGAACAACACUUCCGCAAUAGGCCGGCCUACCGAGGCUUCAACGCACUCAUUGGUCGGGGCGAGGCAGCGGCGUCAAAUCAUCUCCCGGCUACUUCAUUCAUAACACGGAGCACAAUAAACUUGAUGGGCAUGUGCUGGGGACAGCUCACUUCAUUAAAUCUUACAGUGAGGAUUCUAUCAACAUCUCAGGAUAACACACACUCAGGGCCAAGGGCGCAACUCUUUAUCAAGCUGUACGAGUAAACCAAUCCAAAAACGAGUUCUCUCCAUCAAGAUGUCAAACUCGGGAGGUCGGAGACUGAAGCAGUGGCUGAUGGAGCAGAUCCAGAGUUGUCAGUACUCCGGACUGCAGUGGGAGGAUGAAAGCCGCACCAUGUUCCGGAUUCCGUGGAAGCACGCAGGCAAACAGGAUUACAACCAAGAAGUUGAUGCAUCCAUUUUUAAGGCCUGGGCUGUGUUUAAAGGGAAGUUUAAGGAGGGGGACAAGGCUGAGCCUGCAACAUGGAAGACCAGACUCCGCUGUGCCCUCAAUAAAAGUCCUGACUUUGAGGAGGUGACAGAAAGGUCGCAGCUGGACAUCUCUGAGCCCUAUAAAGUUUACCGCAUUGUACCCGAGGAAGAGCAGAAGCAUGGCAAAAGCUCAGUGAUGGCCAUGGCAGCUACCACUAGCUCCGGUGAUAUCAAGGACUGCAGCCCUGCAGAAAUGGAAGAGCUAAUUAAAGAGGAAGAAGGCUGUAGCAUCCAGGCUAGUCCAGAGUAUUGGUCCCAGGGCAGCAUCAAUGCUUUCCCUCUGCAUCAGGAACCUUUGCCAUCAGGCACUGUCAGCUCAGCUUUCUCCCAAAUGAUGAUCAGUUUCUACUAUGGAGGAAAGAUGAUGCAGAACACACUGGUAACUCAUCCUGAAGGCUGCAGGAUUUCCCCACAACAGCACCUGGGUCGUGGCGCCCUCUAUAGUUCGGAUAGCAUGCAGAGUGUUCAUUUCCCCCCUGCUGAGCUCAUUGAGUACGACCGCCAGCGCCAUUUUACACGCAAGCUCCUGGGCCACCUUGAGAGAGGUGUACUGCUCCGUGCCAACCAAGAGGGCAUCUUCAUCAAAAGGCUGUGCCAGAGCCGUGUCUUCUGGAGCGGGCUGGCAGAAGUGGGCUCACAAUACAGCCCCAUGCCUUGUAAACUUGACAGGGAUGUUGUAGUCAAGAUUUUUGACACAGGAAGGUUUCUUCAAGCCCUACAGCUGUACCAGGAAGGUCAGUUUCCUGCUCCUGAUCCGACAGUGACUCUGUGUUUUGGAGAGGAGCUCCAUGAUCUCAGCAGUGCCAAAAGCAAACUGGUCAUUGUGCAGAUCACUGUGGUGAACUGCCAGCACCUGCUGGAGGCAGUGAACAUGCGCCGUUCCCAACCUUACUGCAACAACCCUAGCCUGGACAUGUCUGACGAUGUGGCCACUGACCAGAUGGCCCGCAUCUACCAGGACUUGUGCAGCUACAGUGGACCCCAGAGGCCAGCAUGCUACAGGGACAACAUGCCUAUCACUGCCUGACCAGUGAGCAGCAAUAUACCGGACCAUAGCUCUCUAGCAUGUACUAGACAAAAUGUACAACAUAUUAGGGACAUUCCUUAUUUUCCUGACAUACACUGACAAGGUGCAUUCACAUAAAAGCCACUAUCACAAUUGGUUUUGACUUUUUAAAUUUAUAGCAGUCACAGUGGAGACAUAUAGAUAAGGAAGAGCAAGUAUUUUACUGUAAGACUUUUAAGCUGCAGCUCAAUAUUUGGAAGUCCCUAAUAUUUGUAUAUAAGUAAUGUUUAUUUUUGUAUACAUACAGGGCUAACACAAACUCUGUGUCUAACCUCUGCUUUGUUAUUACAAGAGAUUGUGGAAAAAGUGGCCUUUUAUUUUCAGAUAUUACACACAACUCGAGUGUUGGAAAGUCUUAAUAACAGAUUAAUUCUGGUAGCUUUAUCAACAAACACAUCUUUUAUAUCUUUAAACAUUUUUACUCAAAGCCUCAUUAUAAUAUGACAACAGUUUGAUAUACGCAGGCAAUUCAGUUCUCACAGCUGCUUUUUAUUUCAACAUGCGUAAUCUUCUAUGUUGGUGUUUUUGCAGUUGAGUCGCUUACCUUAUGUGACGACCGUUUGAAAGAACAGAACAAACGGACAUUUUGUCAGAUAUUUUCUUAUUUUUUACAGUAAAUAAUAAAUCUUUACAUGAGUUGAUAAAAACUGCAUUGAAGUUUAUAUGUAAUGCGGCAUUAUAUUACAGAUAGGUUUUACUAUCAGACUGUUUUACUAGAUCAGUAUUUCAUAUUUUUUUAUAGGCUGCAUUUCUAAUAAAACUAAGUUUUUACAGAAAUAUGCAUGUUCUUGUCUUAAUAAAAUCAUAUAUUUGUAUUAUUUAAUUUUGAUUGUUUAAUUAUUAUUCAAUUGCUGUUGACAAUUUCCUAAAGCAUACCAUAGCCUUUUUGGAUAUUUGGCUCUCCAGGCAGUCGUCUUAAUCAUUUAAUUUAUCUAUACAGUAUUUAAAUCAGUGUAUAGAACUACAAACUUGGCUCUGCACUUAUACUGUAACAGCAUAACUACGAUUCCUCAUGCAAGUCCCUGCAACUUGAUUGUAAAACUGUACUGAAAUGAACACAAACCAUUGGU